AUUUAAGUUAAAAAAAUUUAAAUUAUUAUAAAACCGUAUAAUGUGUUAUAUUUACAAUACAAAAAUAAAAGCGCCAACAAUAGACAACUUAUUCAACUUGAAAACCAAUUAACCAAACAUAUCUGCAAUGAAUUACUUAGAAGUCAUUGAGUCCACGACCACGAGUCUUCUCAAUGAACCGGUUCAUCUGGACAAGGCAAUAGAAAUGGUCGGUUUUGGAUAUUUUCAUUAUUAUGUACUAUUCAUUUGUGGAUCACUUUACAUAGCAGUUGCCUUUAGCGUAACGUCAAUAUCAUUUAUUAUACCAUCAGCUCAAUGUGAUUUUCAUAUGACUUCUUCUCAUAAAGGCUUUCUAAAUGGAGCAAUGAUGAUAGGAAUGUUAAUAGGAUCCUUUAUUUGGGGUUAUGUGGCAGACUCUAAAGGCCGAAGAUUUACUUUGAUAAUUUGUAUGUUAAUGGAUGGUCUUUUUAACAUAUUAUCUAGCGUGUCGCAGAUAUAUUCAAUAUUUUUAAUCUGUAGACUUUUAAGUGGAUUUGGAGUAUCCGGUUCAACAACGCUCUUUUCAUAUCUUGUAGAAUUUCUGAAUAUCAAACACCGAAAAAUUUUUUUAUCUUGGAUGGAAAUGUUCUGGACAAGUGGCAUAAUAUUACUUCCGUGUAUAGCAUGGAUAAUUAUACCACAGACAUUUAGAAUUGAAAACGAAUACAUUUUGUUCAAAUCGUGGAAUUUGUUUGUAAUUAUGAGUUCACUUCCAAGUAUAACAUUAGCAUUUUUAUUAAUAAAAAUGCCGGAAAGUCCUAAGUUUUUACUUGCUCAGGGUAAACAUAAAGAAACAAUUAAUUGCUUGAAAUUUGUUCACAGAUGGAAUAGUAACUCGGGUGAUAAAUUUCCUGUGUCCUCGAUAAUAAUGCCAAGUUCUAAUAACAAAUCAAAUAAUGGUUUCUUUGAUGGACUUUAUAAGAGUACAAUAGAUUUGUUCACAUCAAAAUUCAAAAUUAUAGCUAUAGUUACAUGCAUAAUACACUUUUGCGCUACUACCAGUUACUAUAUGCUAAUACUAUGGUUCCCAGAAUUGAUGAAUAGAUUUCGUUGGUAUGAAACAUAUUCAAAUUUCCAAAAUAAAACAUCCAUGUGCGAAAUUGUAUCCAUGUACAAAGUUGGACCAGAAGUUAAUGGUUUAAAGUGUGAUGAUCACAUUGACCAAUCAGUCUACAUGAACAUAAUGAUCAUUGGUAUUGCUUGCAUACCUACGAGCCUCGUUGUUCCACUAUUUAUCAAUAAACUUGGACUCAGAUUUUUUACAGUUGUAAGCUUCUUUGGAUCCAGUAUUUCUGCAGCAUGGUUAUAUUUUAUUACUUCUUCAAUGGAGAAUAUGGUGUUAUCUUCAAUAUUUGAAGCAUUUUCUAGUAUUGGUAUUAGCUUAACAUAUUGCAUCACUGUUGAAUUAUUUCCAACAGAAUACAGGGGCAUGGCUGCGUCUAUAGGAACUAUGUUUGGUAAAAUAGGUGCACUUUUGGGCAAUAUUCUUAUUGGAAUUUUUAUUGAUGCCCAUUGUAUAGUUCCAAUAUUUGUUUCAAGCUCAUUUUUAAUAAUUUCAGCUCUCUUAGUAAUUACAUUACCAAAAACCGGAAGAACCAACAUAAUAACUGAUGCAGUGCUUUAGAAAUAGUUGUAUCCUUAGAUAGCGCUUAGUAUAGAACUUAUAUAUAUAUAUAAAUAAAAAUUAAUAUCUGUAAACAUUAAACAUCAAUAUUUAAUUUUAGAUUCUAAGUAUAUCGAUUAAUAUAGUUUAUUUUUGUAUUUUUUAAAUAUAAAAUCUGUACAAUAAUACAGUA